AUGUUGCAGGAGGACUUGGAGCCAGAGCUGUUGAGGGGCGUCCCGCUGCAGGUAGCAUUGGCUGGCUGGGCACAGCACUGGGCAUCUGCAAGCAGUGGCCGCUUCGGAUCGGAGGCUAUCUGCUAUCAGCUGAGUGUGCCGUGCGAGAGUUUCGGCUACUUCCUCAGUCAUGACUGGGAGACUUCUCGCUUCCAGAAGCUUUUAUGCUUGCUGAUUGUCUUCAAUUCCCGAGCUGCUCUGAUUGCCUCCUUCACGACCAGUGCUUGUGUGGGCCUGCUUGAGGUCUGGAUCGGUCUCCCAAUGAACCUUUGGACUCCCGGCCUAGGUUUCGCGGCCUACUUCCUGGUUCUCGGUUUCUGGCAGCGCUUUCGGCAGGUCUUCCGCGAGGCGCAGAUUGUCUUCCUGGACAAACUCUGCAUUGCGCAGCAUGACGCGGCCAAGAAGGAGAAAGGUAUCCUCGGAUUGGCAGGCUUUCUGCAUCGCUCGGACAGGCUACUUGUGCUCUGGUCACCGAGAUACUUUACUAGACUUUGGUGCGCUUACGAGAGUGCGACUUUCAUGAAGGAUCACAACCGGGCAAAGUCCAUUCUGGUUAUGCCGGUGAAGACUGCCAGCCUCUUCUUUCUGUAUUCGGCAUGCUGGCAUCUGCUGACUUACUGCUACUACAUCAUCGAUGAUGCGGCUGACGGCCGCUCCAUUCUGCAGCAGACCAUGCUCGUCGGGCCUGUGUUCAUAGCAAUCUGCGCAGUGGUGAUGCCGUCAGUUUAUGCGCUGGGAAUUGGGAUGAUGAAGGAUGUCGAGGAGUUGCCGGCUCAGCUGCGCAGCUUUGACGUGCGGAAAGUCGCCUGCUCAUGUUGUGCCUUCCAAGACCACCUUCAUCCUGAGACGGGUCGACGGGUUCCAUGCGAUCGAAAGCUGGUGCUCCGCAUGCUGCGGAAGUGGUACAGUUGCUCCACCGAGGACGAGGGCUAUCUUGAGCAGUUCAAUUACCUGGUUCGCACGGAGCUUGCGCCCUUGAUUCUACGUCAUGUUGGCAGCGACACGGUGCCUUUCAGCUACUCCAUCUACAUGGUUGCCGCUCCAAAUGUGCCGUUUCUCGCUUACUACAUCCCAAGGUGGUUUGACCAAGCUCCCAGGGGUGUGGGUUUCUGGCAGCUCUUCGUGUGGAUUCUUCGUCAUGUUAUGGGAUGGAUGAUCCUUUUCCUGGUCGCGCUCUUCUCUGUGCGCGUGUCCAUGUACCUUUGGAAGGUGGGCUACUACCUCUCAAAGAAGAAGUGUAGGCUCCUGGUGUCUGUGGCCCUGGUGCCUGUGAUGUUGUUUCUGGGUAUUUUCGCCUGGCUGCCUUUCCAGCUGGCCUAUGCGACGACAGAGGAGUAUGACAUCCUACCUGUGAUCCCGUUCGGAUUGCUUAUCGUUGCCGUUCUGUAUCUCUAUCGCCCGGCCGAUCGCCCGGCCGACGCCAGCCGAGCCAUGGCGGCUCCGGAGGCUACCCCCGUGGAGGCGACGGAUGCCGAGUCCCAGAGCUCAGCCGGUCAAAGUUCCAUCUUCAGCAUCUGA